UGCCUCUGCUCGUCAGUCUUUGUUUGACGGCGGCCUGUCAAGCUCAAUCGAGUAAGCACUGGCUUGCGACGUCGAUCGCGACGUCGUUGACAAGCUGCUUGUCGUCAAGCGAACUGAUAGGAGAUCAAGCCCAAACGUGGGCAGAACAUUGCGCCCUCCAUGGCUCGCGUGAGCUCGGCAGUAUUCCGUCAAGCUUGCGGGGACAAGCACUGCGAUACGUUCUGCGAAUGUCAGCUGUGGCGCUCCGGUCUGCGGUCCCCCUGUCAGAGCUCCCUCGCGUCGCACAGAUUUCCUCUUUAUUAGCAAGGGCUGACAGGCAUGCCGGAACUUCCUCAGAUCGGAUCUCAGCUGGAAUGGCUCUCGACGCUCUCGAUCCCACCCGCGGUAGAGGACGGUCUGAAUCCAAAGUUCUUGCGCAAAACAUCCAUCAUCGCUACCAUUGGUCCCAAGACGAACAGUCCAGAGAUGAUCACCAAGCUGAGACAGACUGGCAUCAACGUCGUCCGUAUGAACUUUUCGCAUGGCUCGUAUGAAUACCAUCAGAGCGUCAUCGACAACACACGCAAAGCCGAAGCCGCCUCGGAGGGUCGCCCUCUGGCCAUCGCUCUCGACACCAAAGGGCCAGAGAUCCGCACGGGUAACAUGAUCAACGAUGCCGACAUCAAAAUCGAUGCAGGCCAUAGGAUGACUAUCACGACUGACCCCGCCUACGCUGACAAAUGCGACGACAAGAUCAUGUACAUCGAUUACAAGAAUUUGCCAAAGAUGAUCGAAGAAGGCAAGCCCAUCUUUAUCGAUGACGGCAUCCUCGCCUUCAAGGUUCUCUCCGUCGCGGCCGACAAUGUCACCGUCCAGGUCGAGUCGAUCAACAAUGGCACACUUUCAUCUCGCAAGGGCGUCAAUCUGCCCGGCACAGACGUCGACCUGCCCGCGAUCUCACAGAAAGAUCAAGAUGACAUCGCCUUUGGCGUCAAAAACGGCGUCGACAUGAUCUUUGCUUCCUUUAUCAGACGCGGCGAAGAUGUCAGGGAGAUCCGCCGUUACCUUGGCGAGGCGGGCAAGAACGUCAAGAUUGUCAGCAAGAUCGAAUCCGUUCAAGGCGUUGCCAAUUUCGAUGAGAUCCUCAAAGAGACAGACGGCAUCAUGGUCGCUCGUGGUGAUCUCGGCAUCGAGAUCCCGGCAAGUCAGGUGUUCAUGGCGCAAAAGAUGAUGAUCGCAAAAUGCCAAGUCAUCGGCAAGCCUUCGAUCUGCGCAACCCAGAUGCUUGAAUCUAUGACGUACAACCCCCGCCCGACGCGCGCAGAAGUGUCGGAUGUGGCCAAUGCUGUCCUCGAUGGCGCAGACUGCGUCAUGCUCUCGGGCGAGACAGCGAAGGGAUCUUAUCCCUUGCAAGCAGUCCAGAUGAUGGCAGAGACAUGCUACCUUGCUGAAUCCACAAUCUGCUACCCUCCUCUCUUCAACGAACUCCGUUCGCUGACACCUCGCCCAACGGCCACCACAGAGACUGUUGCCAUUUCGGCAGUGGCAGCUUCGCUCGAACAAAAGGCAGGCGCAAUCAUCGUCAUGUCCACAAGCGGCAAUACAGCUCGUUUGAUCAGCAAAUAUCGACCCUCUGUGCCCAUCCUGACAGUCACACGAAAUGACCAAACUGCUCGUCAGAUCCACUUGCAUCGCGGCUGCUAUCCGUUCCUCUACUCCGAACCUCGACCUGAAUCUGACGAGGGCUGGCAAGUUGACAUUGACAACCGCAUUCGCUUCGGCCUGAGCAGGGCCUUGCAAUUGGGCGUCGUAAAGCACGGGCAGACCGUCAUUGCAGUACAAGGCUGGAAGUCUCAGAGCUUCAACACCAACACUAUGAGAAUCCUCUCAGUACCGACAGAACAGAGCGGCUUCGAGCUCAAGCCAUGCUAGCUUGACCAGAUAGAGGGAAAGGAUCGAAAAGCCAUGCUUGUACUCUUUGCAGCUCAAUGGACAACAUUUUUCAGUGCAUCAUCGCUGCGACUGCUGUCGCGCCCAUUCGAUGAUGGCUCUUACAGGACGACCGCUCAUACCGACACGUUCGUAAUCGUUUAGCGCCUUUGUAUACUGCAUGACCGGCGCCGUGUCGAUGUGAGCCCAGCGCACCGUAUCGGUUGGUUCUUUAUCUUUCGAAUUGCAGGCUAAGCCUGCCACGUGCUCACGCAGAAACCUGACGCACGCGUGUUCUCAGCCCGCUGUUUACAGUCCACUAGGAAUGCUUACAUGGCCGCAGUGAUACUGCCUCCGUAGCGGCCGCCUGUGUUGCAAAGAUCUG